AUGCGUAAACCGACAUUUGCGGCGAAGCUCCUUGCAAGUGCUUCAACGCUGCAAAUAGUGAUAGACGAUCCUCAGGAUGUGGAAGGAGAAUUCGAGGGUUAUGAGGUGCUGAUGAGGACUGGAGGUGUGGUGUCCGUGCAUCAGUGGCGUUCAGUGGCCAACCUCUCCGCCAGUGAACGCAACUACAGCAUAGGAGGGAUCAAACCGCUCGCACUGCAUACAGUCACCGUACGUGGACGUCUUUCAUCCAACCGAUUGAGUGCUUUUGCAAAGCCUGUGGAGUUAAUGGGUGCAAAGAGAGCCUACGAUGUCAUCACGGGCUACGACAUUAAUUGGAGUGUCAAUGGUCAUCUCAAUGAAACACUUCACGUCUCGACAGAGGAAAGCCACACCUUCACUGACUUACAGUCUGAGCAAAACUAUUAUGCUUCGGUUUCAGCAAUCAGUCGUCCAAACUCAUCAUUCAACAUACAAUUGCUAGGUGCUCCUUCUCCCACCAGGUCCGUAGUCACACCGCCCGCAAGGGGAGGUAGGUCGCAUUUUACUGUAUGUCACGCUUUUUAUCCUCCCACUGCAAUGCAACAGCCAAUGUUUGUGGUGCUGUUGAAAAGGGAAGUGUAG